AUGGUGGAGAUGCGGCAGCGGAGGAAGCCGCUGGUGCUCGCCUCCACGCAGGCGCUCCUGGACUCGCUCCCGGGGGACCGCCCGCCGCCACCGCCGCAGGAGCCGGUGCGCCUUAGGGCUGGCGUCCUCCGCUUCCCCUCCGGCGCCGGUGCUGGCGCCGAGUUCGGGGAGCUCGCGUUCUUCGUCGCCCUCCCUGCCUCCGCGCUCCGACGGCUCGCGGUCGUCACCGGCACGCCGGUGCUUGUCAAGAAUACUGACAAUAAUGUUGGGAGGAUUGUCAAAGCAGUAUUGUUUGAUAACCCGUGCCUUGACGAGUCCCGCUCAGAACAUACUGAGAAAGUUGUCUCUGCCUAUCCUUCUGAUCGUGCAAUGGGCUUCUUACCUUGUCGCACGUUCCCUGCUACUGGUUUUGCAUCUAUGGAUGAAGAUGUUGCUUAUGUCAGCCCACUUUUGGCAUUCAACUUGGGGUUGCAUGUUUCUUGCCUCAAGCUUCUUAUUCAAAGAGGAGGACAGCCUUUCAAGUUCUGUUCUCAAGCUGAAGAGACUGAUGCAACUGCCAGUGCUGGAAGUGAUCUUUCUCUUCACUUAGACCUUCUUCCAUGCCCUCGAAGAAGUGACUACCAAGACAUGGUAGAUCAAGCUUUGAACGAGUACUUUAAGUUCGAUAGGUUCCUAGCAAGAGGAGAUGUUUUUUGUAUACAAAACAGUUGGAAUUGUGGCGCAAGCUGCUGCCUGGCAUGCAAUAAGCAGGAUAAUAAACUGCAUCCGCGUAAUAUGAUGUACUUUAAGGUGACUAGCAUGGAACCAUCAGAUGAACCUAUACUUCGUGUUAAUUGCAAUGAAACAGCCCUUGUGCUUGGUGGAGCUGCUUCUGCUGCAAUCCCCCUUAUUCCUUCUUUGCUGCUUCUGUUUCAUGAAAUUUGUAUUCCCAUACGACUCAACCUUCAACUGAACUCGAGUCCCAAAAAUGGCCGCUUUGUAGGAUGUGGAAAGCGCACAGUGCUUAGGCAUGUUGCUAACCAUCUUGGUCUGCAUGUGGUCGAGUGUAGCUGUCAUGAUCUAAUGAUGUCAUCAGAAAGUGGGGCACCUGCUGCACUUGCAACUGCCUUCAAAGAAGCUCAGAAGUAUUCUCCUUGUAUAAUACUUCUUCGCCACUUUGAUGCAAUUGGGAAUGCAUCCUCCAACGAAGGUCCACAGUCUGAGCAAUCUGGGGUUGCAUCGAACAUUGAAUCUGUCAUUAAGCAGUACACUGGACAAUGUUGGGUUGCUAAGGAUUCGCUGCCAGGAAAAGAUGUAAAUGGGAGCUCAUACCUCGUGGAGCCUGAAUGUGUAAGCUCUCUUCAAAUUAUACUAGUUGCAACUGCAGACAGUUCUGAAGGAAUGCAACAGUCAAUUAGAAGAUGCUUCCGCCAUGAGAUCGACAUGAAGACUAUGGAUGAAGAACAGAGAAACAAACUGAUAUCUGAGACACUUCAAGGCAUUCCUAAAGUUGCUGAUGAGAGUAUUGGUGACAAGUUUGUAAAAGAUUUAGCAGCGCAAACGUCAGGUUUCAUGCCCAGGGACAUACUUGCACUGGUUGCAGAUGCUGGUGUAUCUUUUGCGCAUAAAAUUGCAUCAGGGAAAGAUAGCAAAGGAAUUAGUAAGCAUGAGGAGAUCCUUCCAGAAAGCUCUUCUGCCACACAAAAUGAGGAAAAACAUUUCUGCAAAGAAGAUAUUAUGUCUUCCUUGGAACGAGCCAAGAAAAGGAAUCGUGCUGCGCUGGGCACACCCAAAGUUCCCAAUGUCAAAUGGGAGGAUGUUGGUGGGCUAGAGGAAGUGAAAAAGGUUAUUCUAGAUACUAUUCAGUUGCCUCUGAUGUACAAGCACCUGUUUUCUUCUAAAUUGCGCAAGCGAUCAGGUGUCCUGCUAUAUGGACCUCCAGGAACAGGGAAGACCUUACUCGCGAAAGCAGUAGCAACUGAAUGCUCAUUGAACUUUCUUAGCGUGAAAGGUCCAGAACUGAUAAACAUGUAUGUUGGAGAAUCAGAGAAGAAUGUUCGGGAUAUUUUUGAAAAGGCUAGAUCUGCACGCCCAUGUGUCAUUUUCUUUGAUGAGCUUGAUUCCCUCGCUCCUGCACGAGGAUCCUCAGCAGAUUCUGGCGGUGUUAUGGACAGGGUUGUUUCCCAGUUACUUGUGGAGAUUGAUGGGUUGAGUGAUAACAGCCAGGACCUUUUCAUUAUUGGGGCUACCAAUAGGCCUGACCUUCUUGAUUCUGCCCUUCUUCGCCCUGGUCGGUUUGACAAGCUUCUUUAUGUCGGUGUAAAUGCUGAUGCAUCAUACAGGGAAAGGAUCCUUAAAGCACAGACGCGCAAGUAUAAGCUCCACAGGAAUGUUUCUCUUUUGUCAGUUGCUCAGCGUUGUCCACCUAACUUUACUGGUGCUGAUAUUUAUGCACUGUGUGCGGAUGCAUGGUUUCACGCAGCAAAGCGAUCAGUUAAAACAUUUGAAAUCGAUACUUCAAGAAGUAAUGAUGCCAGUGCCGAAGAUGUCAUUGUUGAGAUCGAUGAUUUUAUUACAGUGUUAGGAGAUAUCGCACCAUCACUAUCUCUGGAGGAGCUACAAAACUACGAACAGUUGAGGCAGAAGAUUGAAGGACCUUCUAGAUGA